AUGACUCACGAGUCCGUUUGGUACAGCCGCCCCCGCAAGUACGGCAAGGGUUCCCGUGAAUGCCGUGUUUGCGCCCACCGCGCUGGUUUGAUCCGCAAGUACGGUAUGAACAUCUGCCGUCAGUGCUUCCGUGAGAAGUCCACCGACAUCGGUUUCAACAAGGUUCGUUUCUUAUUCGCAUUCUUCGACUCGAUCGACCACGAUAAAUCAAAAAAGCCCGAGUGGAAGGAAUUCUUGUCGUGA